AUGACGCCAGAUGACAGGCAGCGUAUGUGCGCUGCAGUGACAGAGGCUGGCCUGGACUCAGCCGGGCUAGAUGAAGAGGACUUGGAGCUACUGUGGGCAGCCAAGUACCGGACCGCUGCGCGCCUGCGUGCAGCUACACGGGAAAAUCUCGUUCAAGCGCGUCUGGCGCCUGGCGUGGUGGAUGCCAUUCGGCAGGCUUUAGGCGCGGCGGCAGGGCCGGGCCCCGGGAGCACGGCAGCUGACGUGGCUUUGGCGGACCUUCAGAGGAAGGUCAGCAAGAUGGAGUCAGUUAUGCCGUUCCUAGUUUCAAAAGUGCUCUUGUGGCAUGACGGCUCCACUGCAAUGCACAGCAAGCCAGAGAAAGACCGCAAGACAUCUGCGCUGAAGUUGCAGCUGCAGUGUGCGGGGGUGAAGGGCUGCCAGCUGCUGGGGGAAGGCAUCCCCCCAAACUGCGUCAGCCUUGCGCACCUGUGCAAGCUGUCUUGGGCAGAUGGCACAUGCCGCCUGCUGGGCUUGUCCAAGGAGGACGUCUCAUCACCGCGCAACGCGCUGCUGCUGUCCAAGCCCAUCGAGCGCGCCUAUGACAACUUGGCUGUUUGCUUCUACGAGGACCCGGCAGACAAGAAGCUCAAGCUACACAUCCUGUGGGAUGAGCUCAAGUCGCAGAAGCUCGCCGACUGCCAGUGGCUGGGAGGGCCCAAUGGCAAGGGCUAUGCUGAGUUGACCAAUGCGUUCGGCGACACAACAUACGGCGACCUGGAGGCGCAGCCCCUACAAUACUACAGCAGCACGGUGGUUCCCUUUCGCCGCGUGCUCAGCACCCAUGCACAGCUGAGCCUUGACCGGGCACAGCGGGAUGGCAAGAUGGCUGGGAGCUGGACCUUCCAGGACUAUCGCUCCAUAGAUAACGUCCUCACCUGGCUUCAAACUGCAGAGCUGCAGGAGCCGCCCAUCGCAGGCAGCGUGUCGGAGUUGUCGGAGGUCAUGAGCAUGAGCAGUGCUCCCGCUGCACUCGACUAUCAUGCACUCCAGCGAGUCCCGCCCGCGCUGCAGCCCAACUCUCAAGCGUGUGGAACCGUGUGCACCCAUAGUCAGCUUAUGGAAACCGGACGCAGCUUCCCAGACGCGUGCGCGCUCAACUGCCAGCUCCCACUCGCGCGCCUGCCGACUAUCACCAACUGCCCGUGUGCACCACUACAGUCCGGUACCUUCCGAGCCGGGCCGCCAUACAACUACCUGCUCACACUCGCGCAGCUGCCGACUGCCACGCUACCGCCUGUACGGGUUGGGGACUGCAUCGACUGGUAG